AUGAGGUUCGGCAUAGCUCUUGUGGCUUUAGCGGCCGUUGUAGCCGUUAAUGGGCUACCGUACCCUGACGUCGAGUACGAGUAUGAGAGCUUCGGAUCCUCAAGCAGCAGCAGCAGCGAAUCCAGCUCAUCCUCCAGUUCAUCUUCCAGCUCCAUCAUAAAAGAUGGAGUUGCAACGGUCGUCGCAACUGCUCAAAAGGCGGCGCAGUCUGCGUCCCAGGCCUCACAGGCAGCCCAGCAGCUCUCCAAGAAAAUUGUGAAGUCUGCAGGCGGCGAGGUUUCUGAAGAAAGCAGUUCUUCUUCGUCACUGAGCCAGCAAGCUCAGCAAGCAGCUUCCAAAUCUGAGAAGAGCUCAGUGGUAAGAAAUCUGGGCGGCGUCCAAACCUCUGAGUCAAGUGAAUCAUCCGAUUCAUCUUCUAGCAAGAACCAAUCUAGCGAGAACUCUGCUUCUAAAACUGUGAAGAAAUCUGGCGGCGGCGGCUCUAAGUCCAGUACCGAGAAGAGCAACUCAAAACAGUCUUCUAACGAAUCUGAGAACAACAGCAAAUCGUCUAAAAAAUCUUCCAGAAAGUCUGGUUCCAACGUCAGCGAAACCGAAGAGUCGGCGGAAAAUUCCAGGAAGUCGCAAUCCAAACAGGCGAGCCAACAGAAAACUGUAGAAGAAUCAGAGAACUCCCGUAACGGAAGCAAGAAGGUCCGAAAGUCCGAGAGCUCAGAUGAAUCUUCCAACCAAAACGAAGAGUCUCGUAAAUCAAGCAAGAAAUCCAUUAAAAAAUCAGGUUCUAACAUUUCAGAGGAAUCCGAAAAUGCUGAAGAACAGCGCAAAUCAGCCUCCAAAAACUCCAACCGUAAGAAUUCUCGUGAAGAACAGUCAGUCGACCGAUCUGGUAAACUGAUCAAAUCUGAGAAGAGUGAAUCCAGCGAGAACGAGUCUUCUAAAUCCGAUUCAGCUAAUUCCAAGCGUUCGAAGUCGAGCAAAUCUAUAAAGAAGGGCUCUAAGGGCGAAAGCGAAACAAAAACGGUGACUCAGUUAGCACUUCGGAACAAGAGAGUAACGAGGAAAGUAGAAAGUCUGGAAAGAAGUCCAGAUCGAAGAACGAAAAGAAUGUAA